UUUUCCGUAGACGGAGCCGCAGCGGCGCGCAUCAACGUUGUGCCAGCCUCCAGCUGUUCAGCGCGCGGGCUCUGCUGCCCCGCGGUGGGGCAGUUUCGGCUCUCGGAAGAAUUAAUCUCAUCAAUCAGAGCGUGACGUCGGCGCGUAGCUCUCCUCAUACGGCGUUCCAAGCCAUCCAAGCCAUGGACCCCAAUACUAUCCCCCACCAUAUUAGAUACAUGUACCCAGCGCCUCCAUGAAUCCGGCCCUUUCAAAGUUCAUUCUUAAGGCCACUCCUGACUCUAUUCUCCACCCACAGCCCGAAAUGAAUACCGCAAUCCCCCUCAACACUGGCGCUACUAUCCCCGCCCUCGGCUUGGGAACGUGGCAGUCUGCACCUGGUGAGGUCAAGAAGGCUGUUAUCCACGCCAUUGAAGGCGGAUACAGGCACAUUGACUGCGCCUACUGCUACCAGAACGAGGACGAGGUCGGUGAGGCUCUCCAGGAUGUCAUUUCGCGGGGCAUCGUGAAGCGCGAGGACCUCUUCAUUACCAGCAAGCUCUGGUGCACAUUCCACACCCGCGCCGAGGAGGGUCUGCAGAAGAGCUUGGAUCUCCUGAAGACUCCCUACGUCGACCUCUACCUCAUGCACUGGCCGGUGCCCAUGAACCCCAACGGAAACCACCCUCUCUUCCCCAAGCUCGAGGAUGGCAGCCGUGACAUCGACCACUCCAUCACACACGUCGAUGCAUGGAAGAACCUCGAGAAGCUGAUCCAGACACAUCCCGAGAAGGUCAAGGCUAUCGGUGUCGCCAACUACUCCGUUAAGUACCUCGAGAAGCUGCUCGCCAAGGCCACCAUCACACCCGCCGCCAACCAGAUUGAGAACCACCCUCUGCUGCCCCAGCAAGAGAUCGUCGACUUCUGCAAGCAGAAGGGCAUUCACAUCACUGCGUACAGCCCACUCGGCAGCACCGGCUCGCCGCUCUUCAAGGACGAGGGCGUCAUUGCGGUCGCGAAGAAGCACGACGUUGCUCCAGCCACGGUACUGCUGUCCUACCACCUUGCGCGCAACUCGUCUGUGCUCGCCAAGUCUGUGACACCUAGCCGCAUCGACGAGAACCGCAAGCUCAUCUCGCUUGACAAGGACGACAUUGAGCAGCUUGAGGCUGUCCAGAAGAAGAACGGUCCUACAAGAUACGUCUACCCGCCGUUUGGCGUUGAUGUUGGCUUUGCCGACAAGCCUGGAGGUAUUGACCUCUCCGGUUGACUGGAGAGCAAGCUGUAGGUAUACCCAGAUAGACAAAAGGUUACGAUUGAAUGAAAGAUGUUACGCCAUGCCGGUGCACCGAAAGACUCUA